AAUAUCAUAACCCAACUUUUUAUAGCUACAAAUUUCAACAUUGAAACAGUAAUAUUGUGUCUCUAAAACUAUUUUCUAAUAAAAAUUAAUCAAAAAUGAGUGAUUCCCGAGAAGAAAGUCCAAACAGGGCGGAAAAACGUUCCCAUGAAAGUGAUAGUAAUUCAGAACCUGACGAUUUUGUAGGUCCAUCCCUUGCAGAAGCUGCACAGCCCAAGAAAAAGAAACGGUUACCCUUUGAAAGCCUUUAUUUGGAAAACUUACCAUGUGCAGAGUCUUAUGAAAAGAGUUACAUGCACAGGGACACUAUUACACACUGUGUAGUAACCCCAACGGAUUUUAUCAUCACAGCGAGUUGUGAUGGACACAUUAAGUUUUGGAAAAAAGUCGAAUCUGGGAUAGAAUUCGUCAAACAUUUUCGAAGUCAUUUGGGGCCUAUAACGAGAAUAACAGCUAACAGUGCUGGAAAUUUGUUGUGUUCAGCUAGUUUAGAUAAAUCGUUAAAGAUUUUUGAUGUUGUUAAUUUUGAUAUGAUUAACAUGAUGAAACUGGAUUACAUUCCAAAUACUGUGGAGUGGAUACAUGGGUCUGGAGAUGCCAUACAAACUCUGGCAGUAUCAGAUCUAGAAAGUCCAAAAAUUUAUGUUUAUGACGGUAGAAGUACAAAUACACCUUUAAAAAUAUUAGAAAAAUUACAUUUUCACCCUGUAAGUCUUAUUAGGUAUAAUCCAAAAUACGAUGUUGCGGUUUCUGUAGAUAAAAAUAAUAUGCUUGAAUACUGGACAGGAAUUAAACAAGACUUCGUAUUUCCUAGAAACAUACAUUUUGGGUCAAAGCUUGAUACUGACUUGUUUGAAUUUGCUAAAAAUAAAACACAGCCCACAUCUUUAACAUUUUCAUCGGAUGGCAAAAAAUUUGCUACAAUAUCUACUGAUCGAAGAGUUAGAGUUUUUAAUUUUUUGACUGGGAAACUCACAAGAGUAUAUGAUGAGACUUUGCCUAGAUUUACUGAAUUGCAACAAAAAACUCAGCAGUUACCUAAUAUGGAGUUUGGCAGACGUAUGGCUGUGGAGAGAGAUUUGGAAAAAUCAGAAGCGUUUCAUUUAGCCAAUGUUAUAUUUGAUCAUAGCGGGAAUUUUAUAAUGUAUGCCACGUUAUUAGGCAUUAAGCUUAUUAAUUUAUAUAGUAAUAAACUUGUUAAAAUAAUAGGAAAAAAUGAAAAUUUGAGGGUUUUGAAUAUUGGAUUGUAUCAAGGUUCAGCUAAACGAUCAAAAGCAGCUGUAACAUUAGAAAUUGAAGCUUCCAGUAACCCAACUUUAGAAUCUAUACAACCAGAUCCCACAUUAAUUUGUACAGCUUACAAAAAGUCUAGAUUUUAUCUGUUCAGUCGUAGGGAACCAGAUGACUUACAAGGUGAUCAAGACAGGGAUGUGUUUAAUGAGAAACCAUCCAAAGAAGAUACAAUGGCUGCUACAGAAAACCCUGCUGUUCAAAGGCUGUACGAGAAUGCUAUUAUACACACUGUGUUUGGUGAUAUUCAUAUAAAACUGUUUAUGAAAGAUUGUCCAAAAUCUGUAGAGAAUUUCUGUGUGCAUAGUAAGAAUGGAUAUUAUAAUGGGCAUAUAUUUCAUAGAGUAAUCAAAGGUUUCAUGAUACAAACCGGUGACCCAACGGGUAAUGGUACCGGUGGUGAAAGCAUAUGGGGCGGCGAGUUUGAGGAUGAACUUAGGCCCCAUUUGAGGCACGACAGGCCCUACACGGUGUCGAUGGCCAACGCCGGACCCAACACCAACGGCAGCCAGUUCUUCAUAACUGUCACUCCGACACCCUGGCUGGAUAAUAAGCACACCAUUUUCGGUAGGGUGGUGAAGGGUAUGGAGGUGGUACAGAAUAUCAGUAAUGUGAAGACUAAUGCGAAAACUGAUAAGCCGUACGAUGAUAUCAGGAUUAUAUCGAUAUCUGUGAAAUAAGGA